CCGGAGUGCGUCGCGCCAGCGGACUUGCGGGGCCCCGCCGGGACUGCGCUUGCGCAGCCGCCGGGGUUCUCCACCUCCGCUUCCCCUCCCCCUGCCCCCCACAGGGGCUCCGGGCCGACGGGACCAUGUUCACCAGCACCGGCUCCAGCGGGCUUUACAAGGCACCUCUGUCAAAGAGUCUUUUGCUGGUCCCCGGUGCCCUGUCCCUAGUGCUGGCCCUCUUGCUGCCUCACUGUCAGAAGUUUUUUGUGUAUGACCUCCAUGCUGUCAAGAAUGAUUUCCAGAUUUGGAGGUUGAUAUGUGGAAGAAUAAUUUGCCUUGAUUUGAAAGAUACUUUCUGCAGUAGUUUGCUUAUUUAUAAUUUUAGAAUAUUUGAAAGAAGAUACGGAAGCAGAAAAUUUGCAUCCUUUUUGUUGGGUGCCUGGGUUUUGUCGGCCCUGUUUGAUUUUAUCCUCGUUGAAGCCAUGCAGUUUUCAUUGGGUAUCACGGUGGCCAGUAAUUUGCCUUCUGGAUUCUUGGCACCUGUGUUUGCUCUGUUUGUACCAUUUUACUGCUCCAUACCAAGAGUCCAAGUGGCACAAAUUCUGGGCCCGUUGUCCAUCACAAACAAGACAUUGAUUUAUAUUUUGGGACUGCAGCUUUUCACCUCUGGUUCCUACAUAUGGAUUGUAGCCAUAAGUGGACUUAUUUCCGGUAUGUGCUAUGAUCGCAAAAUGUUCCAAGUUCACCAAGUACUCUGCAUCCCCAGCUGGAUGGCACGGUUCUUCUCAUGGACUGUGGAGCCCAUGUUCUCAUCUUCAGAGCCCACCAGCGAGGCCAGAGUGGGGAUGGGAGCCACGGUGGACAUCCAGCGUCAGCAGAGAAUGGAACAACUUGAUCGGCAGCUGAUGCUCUCUCAGUUUGCACAAGUGAGGCGGCAAAGGCAGCAGCAGGGAGGAAUGAUCAAUUGGAAUCGUCUUUUCCCUCCUUUACGUCAGCGACGAAACAUAAACUAUCAGGAUGGUCGGCAGUCUGAACAGCAAGCAUCCCCUCCUCCAGAGGUUUCUGAGGAACAGGUUGCCCGGCUCAUGGAGAUGGGAUUUUCCAGAGGAGAUGCCUUGGAAGCCCUGCGAGCCUCGAAUAAUGACCUCAAUGUGGCCACCAACUUCCUGCUACAGCACUAAUAGGCAGCCCACCUGAGUGACAGUGGCAAAUGCGCCACCACCACGUCAGCCCAAGGACCAGGCCAGCUCUGCCACUGAUGCUCUCGUGGGAGAGGGUGGACCCCCAUGGCUCGAGAUGGUUGCCGUUGUGGUGUCAACAUAAGUUUACCAUUAAAUUAGCAUGUAUUUUCUAUUUUUU